CGCAAGAGGGAGGGGAACCCGUGGGGACUUGGCAUAACUUGUCACGGGACUGCGCCUAGCAGGUCCUCCGGGCACAGGUGUUUGCGGCUGCUGUGCCCGCGUCCCUCCGUCUGCUUCCCUUCUGGGCAAUGCAAGGACGCGAGAGGGUCUGCGGCAUCGGGGAAGGAGAAGAUCCCCGACCUACAGAGACGAGGCCUGCCUGUGGCUCGCGUAGCUGAUGCCAUCCCUUACUGCUCUGCUGACUGGGCUCUUUUGAGGGAGGAAGAAAAGGAGAAAUAUGCAGAAAUGGCUCGAGAGUGGAGAGCAGUCCAGGGAAAGGAAGCUGGGCCUUCAGAGAAGCAGAAACCUGUUUCUACUCCAAUGAGGCAGCCAGGCAUGCUUGUACCAAGGCAGAAUGUUUCACCCCCGGAUAUGUCAAAUUUGUCUCUAAAAAGUGAUCAAGCUCUCCUUGGAGGCAUUUUUUAUUUUUUGAACAUUUUUAGCCAUGGUGAGCUACCUCCUCAUUGUGAACAGCGCUUCCUCCCUUGUGAAAUAGGCUGUGUUAAAUAUUCUCUCCAAGGAGGUAUUAUGGCAGAUUUCCACAGUUUUAUAAAUCCUGGUGAAAUUCCACGAGGAUUUCGCUUUCAUUGUCAGGCUGCAAGUGAUUCUAGUCACAAGAUUCCUAUUUCAAACUUUGAAUCUGGGCAUAACCAAGCAACUGUGUUACAAAACCUUUAUAGGUUUAUUCACCCAAACCCAGGAAACUGGCCACCUAUCUACUGCAAGUCUGAUGACAGAGCAAGAGUCAACUGGUGUUUGAGGCAUAUGGCAAAGGCAUCAGAAAUCAGGCAAAAUCUAGAACUUCUCACUGUAGAAGAUCUUGUAGUGGGGAUCUACCAGCAAAAAUUUCUUAAGGAGCCCUCUAAAACCUGGGUUCGGAACCUCCUAGAUGUGGCCAUGUGGGAUUAUUCUAGCAACACAAGGUGCAAGUGGCAUGAAGAAAACGAUAUUCUCUUCUGUGCCUUAGCUGUUUGCAAGAAAAUUGCGUACUGCAUCAGUAAUUCUCUGGCUACUCUCUUUGGAAUCCAGCUCACAGAGACUCAUGUACCACUUCGAGAUUAUGAGGCCAGCAAUAGUGUGACGCCCAAAAUGGUUGUAUUGGAUGCGGGGCGUUACCAGAAGCUAAGGGUUGAGAGUCUGGGAUGUUCUCAUUUCAACCCUUCUAAUCAGGAACAAAGACCAAACACACCCACUGUAUCUUUAGGUGACCAACCAUCUGGGGUGAGAAUUUCUGGCCAAAACAGCAGUGUUCGGGGAAGAGGGAUUACCCGCUUGCUAGAGAGCAUCUCCAAUUCCUCCAGCAAUAUCCACAAAUUCUCCAACUGUGAGACUGCACUCUCACCUUACAUGUCCCAGAAAGAUGGAUACAAAUCUUUCUCCUCCUUAUCUUAAUGAUGGUACUUUUUUCAAUUUCUGGAAAAAUAACAGGCCCAACUUCC